CGUCAAAUUCCAGUAUGAGUAAAUCGCUGCGAUAUCAGUACAAACUGGACGAAACUGCAGAUUGCGCCACGCAGGGAAAAAACAAAUUGAAAUCUCAUAUAGCUGUCGUCUCCCCAACGCUCUAGCAGCUUUUCCAUCGGACAGUAACAGAAGAAGCGCUUCAAAUCGUCGGCAAAAUUUCCCCGCAGUUAAACUUUAAGGAUUCCCAAAAUGGAGGCAUUUCUCCCAAUUAUCGGAUUCUCAGUGAUCGCCGGAGCUCUGAUCGCGUUCGUUAUAUUCGGGAGCUAUUUCCGGAAAAGAAAGUCGGAAAUCCAAUCCAUCGCCAGGCCAGAAACCCUCAAGCCGAACCCCAAGUCCAUUUUGAAGCAGCCGGGUGGGAAGAAAUCGCAGCACAAAUCGCACUCGCAUUCUAAUGCGGGGGAUAAAGAUGCUAAUAAGAAGCACCAUCCUUUGGACGUGAAUACUUUGAAAGGCCAUGGCGAUGAGGUCACUGGUCUAUGUUUCUCGCCAGAUGCACGUAGCUUAGCAACUGCUUGUGGAGAUGGUGUUGUCAGGGUUUUUAGGUUGGAUGAUGCUUCAAGCAAAAGCUUCAAGUUCCUGAGAAUAAACUUACCUGCUGGAGGCCAUCCAACAGCAGUUGCUUUUGUUGGUGAUGCAUCAUCGAUACUAGUUGCUUCCCAGGCUUUAUCCGGAUCAUCUCUAUAUAUGUAUGGAGAAGAAAAACCCAAACCAACAAGCGAACAGAAGCAGCAGAGCAAACCUCCUCUCCCUGAAAUUAAAUGGGAGCAUCAUAAAGUUCAUGAUAAGAGGGCCAUCAUAACUCUGGUUGGGACCAAGGCAACUUAUGGCAGCGCAGAUGGAAGCACACUCAUCGCAUCAUGCUCUGAAGGCACUGAUAUUAUACUCUGGCAUGGAAAAACUGGGAAGAUGUUGGGACAUGUCGACACAAAUCAGCUCAAAAAUACAAUGGCGACCAUAUCUCCGAAUGGUCGGUUCAUUGCCGCAGCUGCAUUUACUGCUGAUGUGAAGGUCUGGGAAGUCGUGUAUUCGAAGGAUGGCUCAGUGAAGGAGAUUGCAAGGGUUAUGCAGCUCAAAGGUCACAAGAGUGCAGUGACAUGGCUUUGCUUUGAUCCGAACUCCGAACAAAUCAUCACAGCCUCCAAGGAUGGCUCGAUAAGAAAAUGGAAUAUCAACGUUCGAUACCAUCUAGAUGAGGAUCCUAAGACACUGAAGGUGUUCCCGAUUCCACUCCAUGAUGCAAAGGGGACUACUUUACACUAUGACCGUCUUAGUCUCUCUCCUGAUGGAAAGAUCCUGGCAGCAACUCACGGCUCUACGUUGCAGUGGCUGUGUACUGAGACCGGACAGGUUUUAGACACUGCUGAGAAAGCCCAUGAAGGUGAUAUUACAGACAUGGCGUGGUCGCCGACAACUAUUCAAUCGGACAAUAAAGAGUCGAUCAUGUUAGCCACUGCCGGCACAGACAAGAAAGUGAAGCUGUGGGCACCCCCACAGUUACAUUCAUCCUGAUGGGAUAAUGCCGGGAAUCGAUGACGCCGUGGAUUGAGGUACUGACUCACUGAACUGAGGAAAAAUACAUGAUGAUGACUACAGAGUUUGUUUGUAGCUUUUGGGAGCUUCAGAAAAAUUUUGAGUUGUUUAUGAUGGGAGUUAGUUCUGAUUUCCUCUUAGUGCUUUAUAGUCUGGGAGUAGACAUGGUUGUAUACCAGAUUUUAUGCUGUUAACUUAUUGAACAUUUCA